AUGUCGACGGCCCAAGAAGAAGAGGCAGUCCCCGCUAUACGAUUUAAGCGCCGCAAGAUCGCGCACCCGAAGCGCGUCUAUACCGAAGACGAUGCGCCUACAGUCUCCGCCUCAGAUGCGCCCGUUGCUGCGAUUUCCAACGACGCGCCUGUCUCGCCGACCGAAGGCAACGAUGAAGAAGAGUCGGUGCCGAACCUGAAAGAGAUAUUGCGCAACAGAAAGCGGCCCCGCGACCGACUGAAGGAAACUACGCGCAAAGCAGAGCCGCCGCGGACAGAGGUGGUGCAAGUAGAAGCACCCCGGCCAGACCAGUAUACCAGCCGCUUCGUCGCGCAGACAGGACAGGUGGUAGAUCGCGAUGACAAGCAGAUGUCGGAAUACGUAGAAGCCCGCAUGGCUGAAAAGAACUAUCGCCAGUACGGCUGGCCCAUGCCAAACCACCUCCAGGCUUCUGUAGCCGCCAUCGCACCAGAUCUGCGACAUACCUUCGCCACCAGUUUAUCGACACAGGGCGCGACCAGUAGCACCGAGAGUCCUGCGGAUAACGAACAUAGCAACCGGUUGGCGGCAGGCCAGGGCAAGCUUCAGGAAGUAGACCUGGGUCCUGAUGCUGCGGCGCGCACCGAACAAGCCUGGAAACGAUGGGACAAGGGCGAGCCAGAACCACCAGCAAGCAAAGCGCGACGAGACAAGUAUGGCUACGCGUGGCGCAAGCCCAAAGCCAACGGCAAGACGGAAGAAGACAAGCGACGCGAUCAGAUGGUCGAAGCUGUACUGAAAGAAGCCAAACUCGACUUCUUCGACUCGACAACCCCCGCAAACCCCCACGCCAAUACUUCCACCAACACCGACGACGCCCUCGUCGAGCAGUUCCGCAACGAAUACUUCGAAUCCAUGGAAGCGAAACAACAAGCGAGGAAACCACCUGCUCCCCCCGUCAAGGGUGCGCCGCCACCUAUUACGGGACCCAAGCUUGGUGGCAGCAAGAGUGCCAGAGCCAAGAUGCACAAGUUACAGCAGGAGGAGGCUGCGAGGAAGAAGAGGUAA